GCCGCCCUCAGUACUCGGUCCUUUCCCUUUGUUACCGCCACGUCAGCAUGGAUCAUCAGAUCAUCAGUGGUCGGAGACUCGGCGAGAGGUCUGCUCUUCCCGUUCUUCUCCGCCGGAAUGGCAGGUCUGAGCUGCUUGACCUGGAGUAACACCAGAAUGACCGUUAUACCCUUUGCGUCUAUCAAAGAUACUUCUGCGAACGAGAGAGUUGAGCUCAAAGAGAAGGCAAAAAGCUCAAGAGUUCUGAUAAUAGGCGGGACCGGAAGGGUCGGUGGGUCCACCGCCAUUGCUCUCUCUACGCUAUGUCCUGACCUCCAUAUCAUCGUCGGCGGCCGGAAUAGGGAAAAAGGUACUUCUAUGGUGGCAAAACUAGGUAAGAACUCAGAAUUUGCUGAAGUGAAUAUAGAUGACAAAGUAUCCUUGGAAGCAGUGAUGAAAGAUGUGGACCUUGUCGUUCAUGCUGCUGGACCUUUCCAGCAGGCAGAGAACUACAAUGUUCUUGAAGCUUCCAUUCAGACCAAGACUGCAUAUCUUGAUGUUUGUGAUGAUACAAGAUAUGCAUUUCAUGCGAAAUCCUACAUGAAUGAUGCCCUGGCUGCCAGUGUCCCUGCAAUAGUAACUGGUGGCAUCUAUCCCGGAGUGAGUAAUGUGAUGGCAGCAGAGCUUGUUCGUGUUGCAAACAGUGAGAACAAAAGUAAGCCAGAGAAGCUGAGGUUCUCUUACUAUACUGCUGGCUCAGGUGGUGCUGGCCCAACAAUUUUAGCUACUAGCUUUCUGCUACUUGGAGAAGAAGUAGUUGCAUACAAUAAAGGGACUGAAAUCAAAUUGAAGCCUUACAGUGGAAUGCGAAGCAUUGACUUUGGAAAAGGUGUUGGGAGAAAAGAUGUUUUCCUUAUAAAUUUGCCUGAAGUGAGAAGUACACAUGAAAUGCUUAAAGUACCAACUGUCAGUGCUCGGUUUGGAACUGAUCCAUUUUUUUGGAAUUGGGGAAUGGCAGCCAUGACAAAUUUACUUCCAGCAGAAUUUUUGAGAGACAGAAGAAAGGUUCAACAGCUAGUCCAAUUAUUUGAUCCACUUGUUCGGGUUGUCGAUCAGAUAUCUGGAGAGAGAGUGUCAAUGAGGGUUGAUCUAGAAUGUUCAGAUGGGCGCCACAGAAUAGGUUUAUUUAGUCACAGAAGUCUCUCCAGGUCAGUGGGAAACGCGACAGCUGCAUUUGCGCUGGCAAUUCUCGAAGGAAGCACAAAAUCCGGUGUUUGGUUUCCAGAAGAGCCUGAAGGAAUCGCUAUCGAGAUGAGGGAAAUCCUCCUAAGGCGUGCUGCUCUAGGGACCAUCAAUUUUGUUAUGCAUAAGGCUCCAUGGAUGGUUGAGACAAAUCCUAAAGAAAUUGGUUUUGGCAUUUAUGGGUGACAUUGCGGAGACGUGUACUAGACAGAGAGAGUUACUUGGGAGCUUGCAAAGUGACUUGACAUCGGAAAUGACGCCAUUUCUCCCGCCAAAACAUACCCCUGUUCUCCUCCGACUUGGCAGUUUCCCUAGUUUGAUCUUGUAACUAUUUUAAGAAGAUCAACUUAAUUGAGAAACUCAGCAUCAUAUUUCCAUAUUAAGGUCCUCUGUUUAUGGUAAAUAACUUGUUAUGGAAAUGUUUUCUAGCAAAAAAAGCUAUGGAUAGUUGGAUACUACGGAAUAAUGUUUUGCCUACAAAAUUAGAAAGCAUGCAAUUGUUUGAGGAAGUCGUUUUUUCACAAUUCUA